GCGGUCGAAUCCACAAAUAAAUAGAUUCAUGGAAGAAAUGAAAUUCGGCGAGGAUUAUUACCAAUUACAUAAAUAUCACUUUGUGAAACUUAUUGAGAUUGUUAAGGACAUGACGACAGACCCUGCAUUACCGAUCACUCCAAUUGUGUACCAGGAGAGUUAUGCUGAAGAAUGCGAA